AUGCCUCUUUCGGCCGAAACGAAGAAAAGCCUCCAGCAGACUGUUGACGCUGCAUGUGCAGACUCGCAGUCUGGUAUUCCAGGUGCCAGUGUCGUAGUCGUCGACAAAAAUGGUGAAGAACUUUUCGCGUACGCUAGCGGUAAACGAGGGUGCAAGAGCUCCGAGCCGAUGACACUUGAUAACAUCUUCUGGAUCGCGUCCUGCACCAAAAUGGUUGCUGGGGUCGCUUGUAUGCAGCUCGUGGAGAAGGGAAUCCUCGAGUUGGACGAUGGAGAUCAAUUAGAGAAGCUCUGUCCGGAAUUGAAGGAAAUUAAAGUCCUUCAAGACGACGGUAAAUUGGUAGAGAAAAAGAGGAAGAUAACACUUAGAAUGCUGCUGACCCACACUGCUGGCUUCGGCUACACGUUCUUUAAUUCUAAGCUCCGCGAUUAUAGCCACCCGAUCGGCUUCGAUGAGUUCUCUGGAAGCCUCAAUGACAUCACGCAACCACUCGUACACCAGCCGGGAGAGAACUGGGAGUAUGGUGUCAACAUUGACUGGGCGGGGAUUGCACUGGAACGUGCGACCGGGCUCUCGCUCAAUGAGUACAUUCAUCAGAAUAUCUUCAAUCCUCUGGGUCUAGACAACAUCUCCAUGUUCCCCAACGAGUCCAUGCGACAGCGUCUUGCGCACAUGCAUUUCAGAAAGCAUGAUGGGUUCCUGAUAGCGCGAGACCACCUCUUGCGAAAGCCGUUGGUGGUAGGAGCUGCCGAAGUUUCGAGUGUCCUGAACAGCGGUGGUGCAGGAUGCUUUGCGAGGCCACAAGACUACUGUCAGAUUAUCGCCACUCUUCUUAACGAUGGGACCUCCCCACGCACAGGCGUUCAGUUGCUCCAAAGGUCUACCGUGAACGAAAUGUUCCGUAACCAGAUUCCUGACUUUCCCAACUUUGCCCGUCAAGGCAUUCCGGACGCGAAACCUGAUCUGACGAAUCCAAUUCCCGAGAUAUAUCCCGUGCCAGGGAACCCGCCCCAGGGGUGGGGACUAACGUUCAUGCUCAGCAACGGGGGUAUAACGGGUAGGUCUAAAGGUACAGGAUUUUGGGCAGGUUUGCCCAAUUGUUGGUGGUGGUGCGAUCGAGAGAAUGGCAUUGGUGGGUUGGUCUGUAGCCAGAUCCUACCUUUCGCGGAUGCGAAGGUCCUAGGGCUCUGGUUCGACAUCGAGACACAAAUCUACAAAGCCCUUAGUUCAGGUUAA